GAAACCGAUGAAGUACUAAUUAUUAUCAAUAAUAUUAGGAAGACAAUGCUGAGUUAGGCGAGAUAUUUGCAAUGUGAGCACGAUUUAACUGGGACCCACUUCAAUUUGAUUAGAGAGCUUAACGGCAUUCCGCCCCCACUUCCUCCACCUCAUGAGUGCAACCUCCGUGGACGAAGCAUUCGCCUCGCCUUGAUCUCCAACCCCUUCCUUCCUUGCUUAGGAGAGAGAGGGAGGAGAGGAGAGGAGGAAGAAGAUGGAGAGGGCGGCCCCAGUGAGGAGUUCCCACACCUCCACGGCCGGCCUACUCGCGUGGCCUCAACCCGAUGGCGCCGCGUCGCAGGCACCACGUCGGCCUAACCAGCCGACGGAGGAAUUCAGGAAGGUGGUGUUCGGGGGGCAGGUCACCGAGGAGGCCGACGGUCUCAACAAGACGAAGAUGAGGACGACGGCCUCCGCACCCAAGUCGAAGGAGACAACAGGGAUCGGCAUGUUUAAGGCCGAGAGCGCCGCCGCCGCCGUCACAACUGCAUCCCGUGAUCGCCAGGCUAGCCAGAUCACUUUUUCUCAGGACGGGACCAUUCCUCCCAGGAAGCCAACUUCAGUUGCUGGGGUGGCGAGGCAGCGCGAACUUAGCCAUACCGUUGAGAGUUCGGGGGACGGUAAGAUGAAGCGGCAGGUGUCCAAUGCGAAAUCCAAGGAGCUCAGUGGUCACAACAUCUUUGCUGAUCAUGAAGAUCCGAGUCCCAACAGGUCAAGCAGCUCUGCUGCUGCUCUGGCACAUGUGAAAAAUGCAAAUCAGGUGAGCUCCUUCUCCUUUGGAAAGGCCGACAUGGACAGCACAGUGAAAACAGCAAAGAAGAAAGGGUCCAGCAACAAGUCUACUGAUCUGAUGAAUGGCAAGGCCAUCUCCGAGAGGGAUUCAGCGCCUGCAGGGAAACAGCCUCUGAACCGCGCGAAGCCGAAAGGAUUGAGUGGUAGUAGCAUUUUUGCAGACGGGAAGGCCUCGACAACUGGUGAUCAUGCAGGCCGUCGGACCCGGCAGCCACCUGGCGGCGACAGCAGCAUCUUGCUGGGCUAGCGUGCAUAUGGAUAUUGUCCUAUGCCGCCACACGGGUGGUUGGUCCGUCCGUGUGCGGCCAUGUUUUCCUGAUCAGGCGAUGAGUCCCAUCUCAGAUGAUCUGGUUCACUUCUGGCGUGUGUAUGGGUUUGUGUCUGUGUUGGUUGUGACAUGUCCAAUGGAACAACCCUAUCGCUACUGCGUGUGGUGCCGUUUUGUUGUGUAGUAGUACAACGGAUGACAUGUGGUACCGUUUCGUUGUGUGUACGUGGAUAUACAUAUGUGUGUUUGGUUAUUAAAUACUCCCUCCGUUUUUAAAUAGUGCUCGUUUUAACA